GCGGGCCUGUUUCCGGGUGGCGCGUGGGCUGGAGGCCGACAGCUUCCCCUGCCGCCGCCAACAUGGAGAGUUUGUACCGAGUCCCGUUCUUAGUGCUCGAAUGCCCGAACCUGAAGCUGAAGAAGCCGCCCUGGGUGCACAUGCCGUCGGCCAUGACGGUGUACGCUCUGGUGGUGGUGUCUUACUUCCUCAUCACCGGAGGAAUAAUUUAUGAUGUUAUUGUUGAGCCUCCAAGUGUCGGCUCCGUGACUGAUGAACACGGCCAUCAGAGACCAGUCGCUUUCUUAGCCUACAGAGUAAAUGGACAGUAUAUUAUGGAAGGACUUGCAUCCAGCUUCCUGUUUACAAUGGGAGGUUUAGGUUUUAUAAUCCUGGACCGAUCCAAUGCACCAAACAUCCCCAAACUCAAUAGGUUUCUUCUUCUAUUCAUUGGAUUCGUGUGUGUCCUGUUGAGUUUUUUCAUGGCUAGAGUAUUCAUGAGAAUGAAACUGCCGGGCUAUCUGAUGGGUUAGAGUGCCUUUUGAGAAGAAAUCAGCAGGUACUGAAUUUGCUUCUGUUAAUGAAAUUUUAAAGGCUGUACCAGUCCUCAGAUACGAAAUACAGAGAAGGAUGAAAAGCAGCAGAAAAGAAACAUCUACUGAAAACAUAGGAAGCAUAUUGAAGCAUGGACUAGAAUGCCUUCUUGGUGUCAGAGACAAGCUUAUCAGUAUUUUUUCCUGCUGGCCUUCACUGAUGUACCAAUGAUGUUAAGUGACAUUUUCAUUUUUGUUUUGUUUUGUUUUUUUCAUUUCUUAAAAUGUACUUCAUUUCUAUAGCUAUAAUAUUGAAUAAAGUGAUUAUUUUUUACAAAUCCCUUAA